AUGAGAUAUCAAAUAGUGUACUUGCUAUUGUUGGUAUGCCUUAUAUUUGCUCCGGGUAUUGGUGCCCUAAAAUUAUCGACGCAAUUUGAAGCUAUUUAUCAAUUUGGCGACUCUCUCAAUGAUAAUGGCAACUAUGUUCGCCUACCCGGUGGGGUAAAGUGCGCAUAUACAAAACUGCCUUACGGUGAGACUAUAAAAACACCAACAGGCCGAGCUUCCGAUGGGCUCAUCAUUUCGGACUUUAUUGCAACGUACUUCAAUCUACCCCAAAUGAACCCGUAUUUGGCCAGCGGAAGCGAUUUCAGCCACGGAAUCAAUUUCGCAGUGGUUGGUGCUACUGCUACUGGUGACGAGCAACGCAAUUCCUUGGCUAAACAACUUAAGUGGUUUAAAUCUUACCUUAACUCAUCUUUCUCUACUCCAACAGCAAUUAAAGAAAAGCUACAAAAAUCACUUGUUCUUAUGGGAGAAAUUGGAGGCAAUGAUUUCAAUGGUCCUUUCUCUCAACGUAAACCAAUUUCUGAAGUAUCUGCCCUAAUUCCUAAAGUUGUCAAUACAAUCAAAGAUGCAAUUCUGGAAGUGAUUGGUGUUGGGGCAACUAAUAUUGUGGUACCUGGAAAUUUUGCAAUUGGAUGUGUGCCUAUUUAUCUGUAUCUAUUCGCUACAAAUGACACAUCAAAGUAUGAUGAACAUCAUUGUUUGAGAGACUACAAUGACUUUGCUACUUCUUAUAAUCAAGAGUUAAUUAAAGCUAUCCAACUAUUACAACAACACCACACAAAUGUAGCCAUUGUCUAUGCAGAUUAUUAUUCAGCAUUAAUAUCUGUUCUUAGCAAUGGCCCACAAUUAGGGUUCGAACAAGAUGGGCUCCAAAAGGCUUGUUGUGGUAAUGGUAAUAAUCCAUACAAUUUUGGUGACAAAGGUUGUGGGAGUCCUGGAUCAACAGUAUGUGAGGACCCAAGCAAAAGAGUAAAUUGGGAUGGAGUUCAUAUGACUCAACAUGGAUACAAAUGUGUUGCAGAUUCUUUGGUAAAACAAUUUGUGCCUUUACUUCAAAAACAACUUCGUAGACUUAAGAGAAAUGAGUUAUCGUAG